AUGGACGAGGACGCGCUCCUCGACGAGGACGAGCUGCGCGCCGGCGCGGACGCCGCCGCCGCCGCGAAAGCGGCGGGGGACUGCAGCACGUCCGCGAAGGCGUGCAAGAACUGCUCGUGCGGCCGCGCGGAGAUGGAGGCGGCGGGCGAUGGCGACGCGGGAGGGGAGGGAUCUGGAUCCGCGCCGAAGAAGGAACUCACGGAGGAGGAGAAGAAGAACUUUAAGAGCGCGUGCGGGAACUGCGACUUGGGGGACGCGUUUCGAUGCGCGGGGUGCCCGAAGCUGGGGCAGCCCGCGACGGCGAAGUCGGGGGGAACGAAGGUGACGGUCAACAUGGCGGACGAUCUCCCGUUCUGA